GCGGCGUUAAAGCGGCGGCGGCGGCGGUGCCGGGCCGGGCCGAGCCCAUGGAGCCGGGCGGCGAGGGCGGCUGCUGGUUCCUGUACUACGCGUACGGCAGCAACCUGCUGCGGGAGCGGCUGCUGCUGCGCAACCCCUCGGCCGCGCUCUGCGCCCUGGCGCGCCUGCAGGAUUUUAAGCUCGAGUUUGGCCAUCAUCAAGGCAGGACAAGUUCUGUCUGGCAUGGAGGUACAGCUACCAUUGCUCAGAGCCCUGGAGACGAAGUGUGGGGAAUAGUGUGGAAAAUGAACACUUGCAAUUUAAGUUCACUGGAUAAGCAAGAGGGAGUUGAGGAUGGCAUUUAUGUCCCAAUAGAAGUUAAUGUCCACACUCAAGCAGGAAAGGUACUGACCUGUCGAAGCUACCAGAUGAAGGACUAUGUCCCUGGUCCCCCUUCUCCACAGUAUAAAAAGGUCAUCUGCAUGGGUGCAAAACAGAAUGGCUUGCCAACUGGUUAUCAGGAGAAAUUAGAAGCUAUUGAAACUAAUAACUAUGCAGGACCGGUGCCAAUCAUGGAAGAGAUUGAAGCUUCUAUUAAAGGAGAGAAAAUAAAUUCUGCAUAGAAUACCUCUGCAUUUUCUUGGCCAUUCACCUUGAUUUAGAUACCUCUUCUCACUGCUGGUCAGCAGUUUCUUUAUCAAGAAAAAAUGAGUUUGCUGUGCAUCUACAGUAAACCAUUAGACAUAAUUUGCAGUCUGAAGACACAGUGACAUUGGUAACUUCUCUUUGUAUGUAUAGCUUGAGUACAUGCUGAAGUUUUUGCAGAUUUAGAAAUUAUCUUUCUGUAACUUGUCAUGCAGUGCUGCAUGCAAAUUUGUGCUUCAUGUCCAGUUUACUGACCCUUUUAAAAGGAAAAGGCCGUCUUCAUGAGUUUUGGUGCCUGUUGCUUUCUGAGGAAUAAGGGCUGCAGGAUCAGGCCCUCUGUUUUUAAAAGUUGUAUACACGACUAGAUUUUUUUAGUUGCAAAGUAAACUCAAAACUCUAAGGGUAAACCUUUUUCUCUGCUACUUCUCGUAAUGGUUUAAACCCCAACCUAUCUGAUGCUGUGGAGUUCCUGUUUAUACAGUUAACAAAGAAAGAAAUGUAGUAUUUUUUUAACUCCUUCCAUGUUUCUAAGUGUAAGUCCAAAAGGCAGCCUAGAAGACAACAUUCAGCAAAGCAUCUCAUUCAAACCAUCAUAGCUUCCUCCUUUCAAUGUCUAGUGAUUGUCAUAGGUGAACUAGUUAGUUAUAACAAAGAGAUUUUUAAAGAAUUCGUUUUAGUUUGAUAUUUCAAAGAGGUUUUUAAUUACCUUUUUGACUGGCUUGUUUGCCUGUCUAGGCCUUGGUCUCAUAUUCAGUGAAAUCAGGAAGUUUCCUUUGAAUCCUAGCACAUUUAUUCUGUGGCUUUGUUUGUCUGGUAAACCCCAAAUGAACGAACUUGGCCUCUUGUAUUUUUUGGGGGUUAUUUCUCCCCACAGCUUUGACAAUCCAAUGCAAAACUGGAAGCUUUUGUAACAUACAGAGUAUUUAUUUUCGUGGUAUUUUGCAACCCCUGCAGUUAGUCUAUGGGGGAUGAGGAAAGUUUGACAACCUGGGAGAUGUCAAAUCACUGAGAUUUGGCUUAUCUUCUCCACAGUGUAUUUUUUUUUCUCUUGAUGUACAGAGGGGUGUAAGAUAGAAUUGAUGUCACUGCGUGACUGCUUAGAUAAAUGAUAAAAUAACAGACUGACCAUGUCUCCUCUCUAUAAAAUGUUUUCUAUAAACUUCUGCCAGGUAUGUGUAGGUGCUGUCCUGCUGUAAUAUGCCUGUUUUCAGAGCUGGGUACGGUGACUGCUGUGAAACAUUGUACUUUCUGUAUUAGCACUGUCUAGUUUGAGUAAAUAAAACUCUUGAUUACCAAA